AUGUCGCAAGGCGACUGCAGUCAACGAAAGGAGAAAACCUCCAAGCAAACUGCACAGACCAUAAAGAUGGCGAAACUUCAUGAGUGUCCAGAUUGUGGUAAAAGAUUUAGUUAUCUUGGACAUAUGAAGACUCAUAGAAUGGUGCAUACAGGUGAUAAACCUCAUGAAUGCCCUGAGUGUGGAAAAAGGUUCAGACGUCUUGAUCACGUAAAAACUCACAUGACUGUGCACACAGGAGAUAAACCACACGAGUGUUCCGAGUGUGGGAAAAGAUUCAGUCGUCUUCAAGAUAUUAAGGUUCACAUCAUGGGGCAUACUGGUGAUAAACCUCAUGAGUGCCCUGAGUGUGGGAAAAGAUUUUGUCGUCUUCAAGAUAUGAAGACUCACAGAAGGUUGCAUACAGGUAAUAAGCCUCAUGAGUGUCCUGAAUGUGGGAAGAGAUUUAAUGAGCUUGGAAACAUGAAGACUCACAGAAUGGUGCAUUCAGGUGAAAAACCACACAAAUGUCUUGAGUGUGGGCAAAGAUUCAGCCGAUUUGGAAAUAUGAAGAUUCACAUGCUGGUGCAUAGUGGUGAAAAACCUCAUGAAUGUCCUGAGUGUGGAAAAAAAUUUAGCGAACUUAGUCAUAUGAAAACUCACAGGAUGGUGCAUUCAGGUGCUAAACCUCAUGAAUGUCCAGAGUGUGGUAAAAGAUUCAGUCAACAGGGUCACAUGAAGACUCACAGAAUGGUACAUACAACUGCUAAACCUUUUGAGUGUGCCGAUUGUGGGAGAAGAUUUAGAGACCGUAGCAGUAUAAAAAAGCACAUGCCUGUGCAUACAGGUGUUAAACUUCAUGAAUGUCCUGAGUGUGGGAAAAGAUUCAGUCAACUUGGAAAUAUGAACUCCCACAGGAUAGUGCAUACUAAUGACAAACCUCACGAGUGUUCCGAAUGUGGGAAAAAAUUCAGUUUUGUUGGAAAUAUGAAAACUCAUAAGAAGAAUCACAAAAUUCAUGAUACUGGUGAUAAAUCUUUGGCUUGA